CCUAUCUCUUCCUUUGUCUCUGAUAGCAAUAGCAAACACAGUUUGGGAAAUCACAAGCACACAAGUUCAAUCAUUAAAUCAUAGCACACACAGAAGAAGGAAAAGUGUGGUACACAGGGACCAGUAUUGUAGAAGAGAUUAAGAAAUAUGGCAUGGUGCAAUGAUAAAGAUAACAACAACUCUGAUGUCACUGAUAACAUAAAGCUCAAUGAAGAAAUUGAUCAAAAUCAAACCAUAGAAUGCCCCUCAUGCGGCCAUAAUAUUGAAGUAAAAAAUCAGGGUGGAGUUAAUGAAUUGCCGGGGUUACCAGCUGGAGUGAAAUUUGACCCAAGUGAUGUAGAAAUACUAGAGCAUUUAGAAGCAAAAGUGAUGUCUAAUGUCUCCAAGCUUCAUCCACUUAUUGAUGAGUUCAUACCAACGAUUCAAGGAGAGAAUGGAAUUUGUUAUACACACCCAGCACAACUACCAGGAGUUAGCAAAGAUGGUCAAAUUCGCCACUUUUUUCAUAGGCCUUCAAAAGCAUACACAACAGGAACAAGGAAAAGAAGAAAGGUUCACACUGAUGAAGAAGGAAUUGAAACAAGAUGGCACAAAACAGGGAAAACUAGAGCAAUUUUUUCCAAUGGUGUUGUGAAGGGAUUUAAGAAGAUAUUGGUACUCUACACCAACUAUUGCAAAGAUGGAAAACCAGAGAAGACUAAUUGGGUGAUGCAUCAAUACCAUCUUGGUAUGAAUGAAGAAGAAAGAGAUGGAGAAUUCGUUGCUUCAAAGAUCUUCUACCAGACACAGCCUAGACAACAUGGUAGUAAUUCCAUUAAUAAUGUAAGAGAUUCAUAUGAAAAAAUAAUCAACAAAGGAAGUGACCAUGGUAAUAACAGUGCAGCCCCCAACAAUGUAGCUCAUGUGGAAUGCUACAAUGCUUGUUAUACAAAUUAUGACAAUAUGCAUGUUGGUCAUAGUAGGGAAAGCACUCCACAACUGAUUAUACCAAACAUGGCUGUUCAAAGUAAUGGAACUAUUAUUCCCUUAUCAAUGGAUCAUGCAAACAAAGUAAGAGUGCUGGAGAGAAAGUAACAUUGGAAGAGCUUCUUGGUAGACCAACAGUGAUUCUUUUACUAAUUUUACUAAUCAGAUAACCAUUUACAUUUAUGUAUUAUAUGGUGGAUUUAUUUAUGUCCAUAAUAUUGACUCUCAUUGAAGUUUAGAGACAAGCUGGAUAUUUGGUACAAACUACAAACCAUUAUUGAUUAUUGACUAUUCAUUCAUAUGUCGGUUAAAGUUCAUACCAUGUCAA